GACUACGCUAGUAUUCACAACCUCAUUUCACCACGGCCUGCCCGAAAAUAGGGAUUCCAGCACCUCCAAUGAGCAGGGAAGACCACUCGGACUUGGCAGUAUCCAAGGCGGUCAAGCUCUCCCUCUCUCCAGCGCCUCACUCGCCCCGCAUAAAGCUCGCACCCGCCUUGCUCAGGACACUUCGGAUAGGCGCAGGUAGACCUGCCAUCCUCAAGCUUAGCCUCCCGGACGAAGCGGGCGCUGCCUCCUCCUCUUCCUCCUCGCUUGAGACUGGCAAAAGGAGAGAAGUAUGGGUGGCAGGCGCAGUAUGGCCUUACAGACCAGAAAAUCAGGACAAAAGGGCAGCUUCAGGAAGUAGAUCCGCUAGCUCUUCUCACCCAACCAAACCACAGGAGGGCGUCUUUCCGAGGUGUCUCUAUCCUGGGAUCAGCACCUCCGGAGACGAGGUAGUCGACGUCGAAAUUUUCCACACUGUAGCGGCUUCAAAAAGAGAAGUAGAGGAACUGCAGUGGGAAGUUGAGACCAGCGAUGGUGCAGAUGUAGGACAAAUGAAGCUUUCUGCUUCGAGUAGAGAGAUCCUGGCAAUGGUGGUCAAGGAGCUGCUCAUCGAGCUCACUUGUGUGCUCCCAUCGCAGCGUAUCGUUGUGCCCUUUCAGUCCUCGAGCAUCGUACUCAAGCUGGCUGGCAGGGAGACCGAGCUGGCCGACACUCCAGAGAACGCCGUUGCUAGCUUACUGCACGUCGGCAGAAGCACACACAUUGCGAUUGUCAGCUCUCCUUCAGUACAGAGGGAAGAUGGGCCUGUAUCCUUAGCCUCUGCGGGAGGCGACGCGGCGUCUUCCAGUGCACCUCGGAAAAGGCUAGGCGGACUGCAAGAGGAGGUCAGGCAAUUGAAGGAGCUCGUCUUUCUGCCUCUGAUGCGACCGGAGCUCUUUCAGCAGCAUGGCCUCCAACCACCUCGAGGUGUCCUCUUGCACGGCCCGCCAGGUACCGGCAAGACUUCCCUCGCCCUCUCCAUCAGCUCUUCAUUCCUUUCGCCUUCGCAGAUUUUCACAAUCUCAGGACCUGAGCUCUCCUCUUCGUACCACGGCAGAACGGAAGCUCGGAUACGAAAGGUAUUCCGCGAUGCUCGCAAGAAUGAUAUGAGCGUCAUCAUCAUCGAUGAGAUUGAUGUGAUAGCGGGAAGUAGAGAGGGAGGCGAGAGCGAUGGUGUUGGCAGCCGAGUUGUUGCUACGCUUCUGACCGAGAUUGAUGGGGUGGGGCAGAGCUUGCAAGGGUCCUCGAGAGGGAAGGGCAAGAGGAGAAGUGGAAGGGACGAUGACGAAUCCAAUGAGAGCGGCGACGAGAGCGAGGAAGAGGCCAAGGGAGGUCCACAUGCUGGUAGAGUGGUGGUCAUCGCUGCUACCAAUCGACCAAACGCCAUCGACCCAGCUCUGAGAAGGCCAGGGCGGUUGGAUCGUGAGAUCGAGAUAGGCGUACCGAGCCCUGCUGCGCGUCUGGACAUACUCACGACGCUCUUGUCCGACACGCCGCACUCCUUGACCGCCGACGAUAUCCACCAGGUCGCCUCUCGCACGCACGGCUUCGUCGGCGCAGAUCUGAGCGCCCUGAUACGCGAAGCCGGCAUGAAAGUCAUCCGACGUCGUCUCGCAGAUGAGCAAGUAGAAGCCGGAGGUAUAGACCAUCUGAGUGUCCAAGUACAACAGAAGCUCAAGAUUUCCCGGAAUGCCCGUCACCUCCUUACGGCAGAGGAUCUCUUCAGCUCUGUGCCUCUCAUGCGCCCCUCUUCUCUACGCUCUAUGCUGCCUCCACCACCCCUCUCCUGGUCGUCCAUCGGUCUCGGUUCCCCCGACUCACCCUACUCGAUUGCCAAGCAGCGCAUCCUACAGUCCGUAGAAUGGCCUCUCAAGUACUCUUCGCAGAUGAAGAAGCUAGGCAUCUCAGGCGGACGGGGCGUACUGCUCUACGGACCUCCCGGGUGCAGUAAGACUAUGAUCGCCCGAGCAUGUGCGCAGAGCGAAGGGAUCAAUUUCAUUGGUGUCAAGGGUCCGGAACUCUUCAGCAAGUACCUCGGCGAUUCAGAAAAGGCCCUGAGGGACCUCUUUCGAAAAGCCAGGGCGGCAAGCCCAGCCAUUGUCUUCUUUGAUGAAAUCGACGCGCUCACGGCUACGCGAUCCUCUGGUGGUGGGGAGGAUCAGGGAAGCUCGGCAGUCAAUGACAGAGUUAUUGCGACGCUGUUGACGGAGAUGGACGGAGCGGACGUGCUGGACAAAGUGGUCAUCAUCGCUGCGACAAACAGACCCGAAGUCAUAGACCCUGCCCUCCUCAGACCCGGACGACUGGAUACCCUUUUGUACAUUGGCCCACCCGACAGAUCUGCCCGUCUUUCUAUCCUCGCACUGCGCUGCAAGAGCAUGGCGACGAGAUCGGACGAAGUUGACCUUGGCAAGAUUGCCGACUUGGUGAGUAAUGCUGACACGUUGUCCGUCCGUCCGUCCCUCAAGCUUGCACUGAUGUACAUGCCUUGCCUCUGUGUGCUUCUCCCCGACCUAACAGACAGAUGGCUGCUCGGGAGCAGAAGUCGUCUCCGUCUGCCAAGACGCUGGGAUUCGGGCCAUGUCAGAGAAUCUCGAGGCAGAAGUGGUGGAGCAGCGACACUUUGAGGCUGCAGCAGCGAGUAUGAGGCGGAGGAUCACGCCCGAGAUGAUUGGCAGGUAUGAGAGGUGGAGGGAUACGCUUGUUGGGACAAAGUGAUUUGUCAUUAGAUGCCAUCGUCACCUUGAUAACAAAAUUUGGUUGUCCUCAGUUGAGGUCUAGGCCCAGAUCCUCUUCGACCUCUUCGACCUUGGUCCUAGUCCGUUUCUCCCUCCUCUGCACCUCAGGUCUGUCAGCCUCCCCCAGCUCCAUCUU